GUGCACUGAAGGGUAGAGCAGAGGAGUGUGAUGCGAUGGCCGAGGAGGAAGCUCGGAGCAGCAAGAGGAUUAAGUGCUCAGCGGGAGAGAAUGGGGAGGUGGAGAUUGUGGAAGUUGAGAGUGAGAAUGGAGAACGAGGUAGGUGCGGUAAUGGAGGAACGUCGCCGUGGAAAGAUGAGCCGAGUGAGUCGACGGUCGAGGGAGUUGCGGCGAACGGCAGGGUGCGGAUCUAUGUCAGGAAAGGGUAUAAGGUGAAGAGGAACAACAAGAUGAGGAGGUUUACGCGUUCUUCUAUGAAGAAGCGUAAGGUAGAAGAGACGGUAGAAAUUGAGGUGCGUGGAUCGGAAUCCAUUGGCAACGGAUCAGUCUCGACGAUCAAUGUUGAGGCGAUUGGUGCCGGAGUGGAAGGGAGUGCAGUAGCGCCGCCGAAGAAGAAUUUGGAGCUGAAAAUGUCGAAGAAGAAUUUGGGCCGUGACAUGUCGUUUUCCCUGUUUUUGGCCUGCUUGGACUCUUUAGUUUGAGGCAUUUGCUCUAAGGGGAAUAAUUAAGGAUGCGGGGA